CCAUGUGUGGCCCUGCACGGCCACCCCCAACGUCUGCCCCUCUACUGCAGCCGCCGGGCACCCUCCAGAGCCACUCCACCCCCCCAUGCCUCACCCUUGUCCUGCUUUGUUUCCAUUUUUACUGGAGUGUCCAGUUGGAAUGGAUGGGUGGACAUGCAAAUUCCUCCCCUUGUGGGUUGCCUCAUCAGCAAGCAAAGGAAGGGUUGGGGUGUGAAGCCAUCGUUGUCCAGGUAGGGAUGAGGUGUGAAGCCAUCAUUGUCCAGGUAGGGAUGAGGUGUGAAGCCAUCAUUGUCCAGGUAGGGAUGAGGUGUGACAUCAUCGGUCUCCAGGUAGGGAUGAGGUGUGAAGCCAUCGUUGUCCAGGUAGGGAUGAGGUGUGAAGCCAUCAUUGUCCAGGUAGGGAUGAGGUGUGAAGCCAUCAUUGUCCAGGUAGGGAUGAGGUGUGACAUCAUCGGUCUCCAGGUAGGGAUGAGGUGUGAAGCCAUCGUUGUCCAGGUAGGGAUGAGGUGUGAAGCCAUCAUUGUCCAGGUAGGGAUGAGGUGUGAAGCCAUCAUUGUCCAGGUAGGGAUGAGGUGUGACAUCAUCGGUCUCCAGGAAGGGAUGGGGUGUGAAGCCAUUGUUGUCCAGGUAGGGUUGAGGUGUGAAGCCAUCAUGGUCCAGGUAGGGAUAGGGUGUGAAGCCAUCGUUGUCCAGGUAGGGAUGAGGUGUGAAGCCAUCAUUGUCCAGGUAGGGUUGAGGUGUGAAGCCAUCGUUGUCCAGGUGGGGAUGGGGUGUGAAGCCGUCGUUGUCCAGGGAGGGAUGGGGUGUGAAGCCAUCAUUGUCCAGGGAGGGAUGGGGUGUGAAGCCAUCGUUGUCCAAGUAGGGUUGAGGUGUGAAGCCAUCGUUGUCCAGGUAGGGUUGAUGUGUGAAGCCAUUGUUGUCCAGGUAGGGAUGAGGUGUGACGUCAUCGGUCUCCAGGAAGGGAUGGGGUGUGAUGUCAUCAUUGUCCAGGUAGGGUUGAGGUGUGAAGCCAUCGUUGUCCAGGUGGGGAUGGGAUGUGAAGCCGUCGUUGUCCAGGGAGGGAUGGGGUGUGAAGCCAUCAUUGUCCAGGUAGGGAUGGGGUGUGAAGCCAUUGUUGUCCAAGUAGGGAUGAGGUAUGAAGCCAUCAUUGUCCAGGUGGAGAUGGGGUUUGAAGCCAUCAUUGUCCAGGGAGGGAUUGUUCAGGUAGGGUUGAGGUGUGAAGCCAUCGUUGUCCAGGGAGGGGUGAGGUGUGACAUCAUCGGUCUCCAGGAAGCCGCAGGUCUGUGCAUGCAAGUGAGAGGUCUGGGGGCUCCUGUUAUGUACCUGGGAAAGGAGACCUGCAGAAGCUGCAGGGGGCACAGACCACAUGGCUGUCCCUGGGCCUGUGGGAGCCCACGCUGUGGUUGCAGAUGUCCUGGCACAGCCCUGAAGUCACGGAGAAAUGCUUCUAGCAUACCAAGUGCAGGGCUCACGUGACUCCCCAGCCCCCAGCCUCGUGGAUCCUUGCAGUCUGAACGUCUCUCUGACCCACCAGCGUCUGCCAUCUGCUGCUGCCUUUGCCCCUGGAGCGGUUCCUGAAUGAGCAGUGGAUUCUGCACAUGUUGGCUUCUCAGGUCAGCUCGCCCCUUGCAACAUGUGACUCCAGGAUGGCUCGAGGCAGUGAUAGCUCCUAGCAGUGGCGGGGACAAGAGUGGCACCGUCGCUCUGUGACUUGAGGACGAGAAGCUGCAGGGCCAGGGCAUCGCCUGGACAAGGCCAGGUAUCCCCCACGGCAGACACACAGGUCAGGCAGAGCCUCCUGCCGGGGAAGAGCAAACAGGGAGCUGAGACGGAGGGCGGUGGAUCAUCCACACCGCCGAGACCAGCAGCCCUCUGAGGGCAUCCCAUUUCAUCAGUGCCGUCCCAGCCUGGUCGGCAGGCUGCACAGAAGCCCCCCUCCCACCUCGCACUGUCCAACAGCCUCGAGGCUCCAGCUCCACCCCCAGGCCUUCUCCCGUCAGAGCUGCUGUGCGGCUCCACCUUGAACGCCUGCUGCAUCCCCACCGUCGGUUUCCGCAGCAGAGCCCACGGCCAGCUGGGAUCAGUGACGUCAGUCUCCGGGGCGUUGUGUUCCUGUUUCUUGUAUCAUGUUCUCCUGCUCUGCGAGGUCGUAUUUGGCUGAUGUACUUACCUAGCAGAACGUGUCAUUUAAAAACAUGGACAGGUGCAAUUGAACUUAAAUUCCAGUCUUUUAGGCCUGAACUGAAACAGUACCCAGUGCUCCUGCUUUCUUGGCCCUGGUAGGAUUUGUAGAUGGGGAAGUCACACAGCCAUUGAGCACUUGCUUGAAAGAGCUAGAAAACGCGCCACACCUUCAGGAACCUAGUUUAACAGCUGUAGGAAUACCUAACCAGUUAUGACUACACGCGGUUUACUUCAGCUGUCGCGCAAGGCUUGAUACCACAAUGUGGUCUUUUUCUGGACUUGGGGUUUUGGGGUGUUGUUGUUGUUCAAUCUUUCUUUCAAUUAUCUUAAUAUAUGCAGUCAAAACCAAGCGUAUUGCUUGGAUUCCAUAACUGGUCUGAGUUCUCACCAUCAGUGCCACUCCUUCCUCGUUCCAUGGGAGAAAAGGCAGGCGAGCUGGGCCCUGUGUUCAGCUGCACCGUGUUGAGCUGUGUCUUGCAGCUACACCCAGUCGGGAAGAAAGUGUUUCAGACAGAUUUGGUUCAACUUUCUGAAAAGGUUAAUGUAAAAGUUCCUAUUUAUAACUAGUCUUUGAUUCUAGUCGGCUGUUGAGAUGCCAGUUAAACAGUGUUGCCUGCCCUGGCAAGCAGUGGAAGGCACAGGGCUCACCGGGAUGCUCCCUGCUGGGGGAGGGGCUCUGCAGAGCCUGGGACCCGCCUGGGCUGCCUCCCGCGGGGGGCAGGGCUCACUCAGUAAUUUCCAGGCCCACAACUGCUUCCAGGAGGGAAGGAAGGGAGCCGACCAGAACUGGCUUUGGUCAGAGCAGCUCACAGAACAGUCUGGAUCAAAGGGAGGGGAGACAGGCUCCGCCUCUGUGUGGGGCGCACAGCACACUAGCAGGGAGGAAUGGGAUGGACGGUACCCAGCUUGUGGCUAAGCACCGCCCUUAGAGGUUACGGCCGAGCGGGUGACCACAGGCAGCCCCGGGCCUGCGGAGGGGCUGGCAGCGUGCUGGAGCAGAGAUGUGACUUUCUGCACUUGCACUGUUUUAGGUAUUUCAGAUCAAAAAGUGAAGCGAAAAGGAACCUGCAGGUGGAGCUUUCUCAGGUACAGCACUCCUUAGUGGAGACGCUGCAGAGGUCUGAGAGCAGAACCGACAGGAACCCCUCCUUGUGACUGUGCCGCCACCCUGCUCGGCCCCGGGUUCCAUCCCCAUUCUCCUGUUACUGCGCUCCUGCCGCUGUUCUGCUUCCGGUGCCUGGGCCUGGGCCUCGGUCACCCUGCUCUGGCCCUGCAGCCCCGCACGCUGCCUUGCCCACUUCAGCUCCUUGACCCCUCCUUGAGAAGCAGCUCCCAGCUGUGGGUGUGUGACCCGCUCUUGACCUUGAGGGCCCCCGUCCAUUUGUUACAGACAAGGAAGAGGAGACUGCAGCGUGAUUGUGUUCAAUCUUGCCAGACCUUCACCUUCGGCUUCCAUCUGAUAGGCAGGGACCUGUCCCCACACCGCUCUCACUUUGUGCAGGUGACUCUGCCGUGUGGGCUCAGACCCACUCUGGGAGCCGGGCCAGGCAGGAGCGUUGUCUAUGGGAAUCCUCUGCAGGGGCACAGCUUCCUUCUCCCGACACGUCCCCGUUCUGUCUCCUGUCCUCGGUUUAGUCAACAGAUGGGUUCCAAGUCUGGCAGAUGCUAUGUGUAAUCCUAGCACCAAGAAUCCGGGACAAGUCUUGUCCCUGUGCUCAGGGUCCCAUCUGGAAGGAGACAGGCCUACACAGGAGGUGGGGUGCAGGAGCUCCCCACAGGCACAGCAGGCCUAGCAGGCCAGGGCUGCAUAGGGGAGAUGCUGGGGCCCAGGGCCAGGGUGUGAGUGGAGAAGUAGACAAGAGGUGUUCAGAAGAGACCGUCCAUCCUUUGCAGGGACUGUGCUAAACAUGGCAGACUCCAAAACUGAGCAAGCAUCAGCUUACGUAGUAGGUUGCAGGGCAGUGGGCAGUAAAUGGACAGGUAGAGGGGAGUGUGGUGAUGGAGGGGCUCUGAUAAAGCCAGCCGGGCAGGCUGAGGGGUCGAGUCAGGGGGCAAGCUUUUCUAGGUGCUUAACACGUUUCAAAAUGAGGCCCUUGCCUGGAGAAAGGUGUGCAGCAGGUGGGUGAGCCCUCUGCCCUCCAGGCUGUGGGGUCACACCUGGGUUCCUACAGGGCCGCCUGGUACCAGUGAGCGGCUGCCCCCAAAGGGCGUCCCACACGGGUGUGCUCUCUGCCACCGGCCCCCCGCCCCUCCGUGUCUCAGGUCAGUGUCGGUCCUAACCAACACUUUGUUUUCUCUAGGUUUAUUUAUGAAACAGAGCAUCACAAUGGCAUAGCAGAAUUACUGGAAAUAC